AUGUCUUCUUGCGCCUCUUUCUUCUGCCUCUUUCCUUUUCUCCUUCGUCUUACAUUUGCCUAUUCCUUAUCUCCUACUUCGGCACCAGCUCAAAUUCCUAAUUACUUAAACCAUUCUUGUCCAAACACUAGUAUAACUUAUUCGAGAAACAUGACUUACUUCACCAAUCUCAAAACCCUUUUGUCCUCUCUCUCUUCCCGGAAUGCUUCAUACAGUACGGGAUUCCAAACUGCCACGGUGGGACAAGCCCUCGACCAGGUCACGGGACUAUUCCUUUGUCGCGGAGACGUUUCGCAAGAAGUUUGCCGUAACUGCGUAGCCUUUUCAGUCAACGAGACAUUACAUAGGUGCCCGUAUAAAAGAGAAGCCGUGCUCUAUUACGAUGAGUGUAUGCUCAGAUACUCUCACCGGAAUAUUCUCUCAACCGUUACAUACAAUGGCAAUUUUAGCAUGUUGAACGGCGUUAAUAUUUCAUCAACUAAUCAAAAUGAUCAAGUACACCAGUUCAGGGAUUUUGUGUGGAUCACGUUGAAAAAAGCUGCCAUUGACGCAGCGAAUAGUUCUAGAAAGUUUUGUACGAGACGAAAGGCCAUCGCAUCCAAGACUUUGUACUUGCUUGUUCAGUGCACUCCUGAUAUUACAACACAAGACUGUUUCCACUGCCUACAAAAGUCCAUCAAUGGAAUGCUUCUUUACAGAAUUGGAGGAAGAUUUCUUUACCCUAGUUGUAAUUCAAGGUACGAGCUUUACUCGUUCUACAAUGAAGCCGCCAAUAGAGCACCACCAGCAUCGAUUUCAUGUCGUGGAAAAGGUAGAAACACCUAUGUCAUAAUCAUCGCUGUUGUUGUUGUUCCAAUCAUUGCUCUUUUUCUUCUGUCCGUAGCUGUUUUUAGUUUCCGGGCUAAGAAAACAAGGACGACUUAUGAGAGGGAACCAUCUACUCAAGAAAGGGAUACUAUUACCAGUGCGGGCUCACUUCAGUUUGAUUUUAAGGAUAUUGAGGCAGCAACAAAUAAGUUUUGUGAGACUAACAAACUUGGUCAAGGUGGAUUCGGUGAAGUUUACAAGGGUAUAUUUCCUAGUCGAGUACAUGUUGCAGUGAAGAGGUUAUCCAAGACAUCCGGACAAGGUGAAAGGGAGUUCGCAAACGAAGUUGUUGUUGUGGCAAAGCUUCAACAUAGAAAUUUGGUAAGACUGCUAGGGUUUUGUUUGGAAAGAGAUGAGAGGAUACUUGUCUAUGAGUUUGUGCCCAACAAAAGCCUCGACUACUUCAUUUUUGACCCUACAAUGCAAAACCAGUUGGACUGGUCUAGACGAUACAAAAUCAUUGGAGGAAUUGCUAGAGGGAUUCUUUAUCUUCAUCAAGAUUCACGACUCACAAUUAUACAUCGUGAUCUCAAAGCAAGUAAUAUCCUCCUAGAUGCUGAUAUGAACCCAAAGAUCGCCGACUUUGGAAUGGCGAGAAUUUUUGGAAUGGACCAAACGGAAGCCAAUACGAGGAGAGUGGUUGGAACAUAUGGCUAUAUGUCUCCCGAAUAUGCAAUGUAUGGCCAGUUCUCCAUGAAAUCAGAUGUUUAUAGCUUCGGGGUCUUAGUUCUUGAAAUUAUAAGUGGGAAAAAGAACAGCAAUCUCUAUCAAAUAGAUACUGGUUCUGGAAAUUUGGUUACAUAUACUUGGAGACUAUGGAGCAAUGGGUCAUCAUUAGAGCUCGUGGAUCCAUCGUUUCAUGAUAACUAUCGAAUAAACGAAGUUUCAAGAUGCAUCCAUAUCGCUUUACUAUGUGUUCAAGAAGAAGCUGAAGAUCGUCCAACCAUGUCAGCUGUUGUCCAGAUGCUCACUAGUACCUCAAUUGCUCUCGCUGUACCUCAACCACCAGGUUUUUUCUUCCGGAGUAGACUUGAACAAGCAGGACUAGUGGAUCUAUCUAUCAAUACGUCUGCUCUCUGCUCCGUCGAUGAUGGUUCCAUUACUCAAGUAACUCCUCGUUGAAGACAAAUUUAUUUAUAUAAGUCAUAUAUAAGUUGUGAUAUAUAUAAUUUAUUAUUUCCUGGGAUAUGUCGAAGAGUAUAUGUAUGUGAUUUCAAAGAAAAAACGAAUUAACAAAAAAAAAAAAAAA